UGAAAUUGCAGCUUUCCAAAAAAGUGCACAAUGUCUUAUACUGACAAGCUUGUGUCUUGCCCAUACAAUGCUGCUCAUCGCAUCAAUCCAAAUCGGUUGGCCAUUCACAUCCUCAAGUGCAGCAAGUCGCACCCCCAAAUAAAAAUGGAGACCUGCCCCUUCAAUGCCACUCAUCGGGUGCCUGCAUACUUCUAUCAAGCUCACAUUGUUGAAUGCCCUGACAAUGUUGUUGUCUUGCGAAGUGUUCGACAUGAAAUCACUGAGGAGAAUGAGGAUUCAAAAUCGUCUAGCUCUGAGGAUUAUGAUGAGGAUGAUGCAGCAAUGAUAAUGGAGGCAGAGCAGUAUGCUUCAAAGUGCCAGUUGAUGACUGAAGACUGGAACAGCCCCAGCAAUGGAGGCUUGGGCUACAACUGUCACAUGGCAUCUAUUCUGAAGCCUUUCAUGAGGAAAGUGCCGUCUGGACUCAACAAAACUGCCCGUAAUAAGUGGUAUGAAUUGGAGAAACAGCGCGUCAGGGAGCUGCAGGAGGGAGUACCGUUCAGCCCUGAGGUCGUAAAGGCCUUCUCAAUUCCUGACAACGUGAAAUCCGAGCUCGCUGACUACAGUAUCUCACGUCCUGGUAUCAGCGUCUCACAAGGAGAGGGAGCGGCUCGUGACGGCGUCCUGACUCACACCGCGUCCUUGUUGAAGAGCGCAAGUAGCAAGGCUCGUACGAAGGAGCUAGGUGCGACUCAGGUCAAGCUUAUGCAGGUCAGAGAAAGUCUGUUGCGUCAUAAAUUCAAAGGCACCCAAAAUGAGGAACAGCCUAAGGUUAAUCAACAGGAGCAGCAGCUUAAGGUCACUGAACAAAAACAUCAGCGUAAGGCUAAUCAACAGGAAGAGCAGGUCGAGGCCCAACAGGAGCAGCAGCUUAAAGUCUCUCCGCAGAAAAAGCAGCUCAAGGCCAGUCACCAGGAGCAACAGCUUAAAGUCAAUCCCCUGAAACCACAGCUUGAUGUGUCUAAGCAGAAACACCAGCUUAAGAUUUCGCAAUUGAAGGAACAGUUGAAAACCUCUCUACAGAAGCAUCAGCUCGAAGGUGCCCAAAAAGGGCACCAGCAGAAUGUCCUUCAAAAGCAACAGACGCACCAGUUGAAAGAUGUGCAACUGCAGGCACAGAUAGAGGUUACUCCACAGAGGCAUCAACUCAAAGGCGCUCAAAAGGAACGAAAACUUGAUAUUACUCAACCGAAGCAACAGCUCCAAGGAUCAAGUGACGCAUCAUAUAAUGAUGAUCGUUCUUGCGGUAAAAAUGUCGAUGGUCAACAACCGAACGUGGAGAGUAUCACUGGUGAUCUCUGCCAACAUAACGAAUCCAAAUCGGGAUAUUUUGUCGUUGAAGCCCAGACCGCGCUUGAGAUGCGGCUCUUCUUGCAGUCACAGUCGAAAGCUUUGCCUGAACAGGAGAAAUUGUUCAAUGACAUGCAGGCCAUUGUUCUCAACUAUCAAAAGCUACUUUCGGAAAACGUGAAGCUUCGUGGGUUGACGAAGAAAGACGGUCGUAAAACAGAGUAGAAGUUGAUACCAUAACUGAACGAGGGCGGAUGACUGGACAAUAUUUAUCAAAAACUUUUUGCGCCCUUCAGAUGACCACAGGAAUUUUUAUUUUGUAUCUACGUCGGUACGUAUUGCUUGAAAUUUUCCGUUCAUCAAUACCCCGAUGGAUUUUCUCUGCUAUUGAUUGCUCUGAAAUUUUGAAUUCAUUCAUGUGAAAUUCAUUUUGGCUAUCUAUUUUUGAUUUUUACACGAAGGUGUAGGUAACCACCGAUAGCAUUUUUCACCGGCAAAAAAAUUACUGCUCGGUCCCAAUGGGUUUUCAAUAGCGGCGGUAUUUUUUGGCUUCAGCAAUAGAGUAAAAUAAUUACUAAUGAGUGAUUUCUUUCUGUUUUUCUCUGUCUUCGGAGGGUACUUUUUCAGCGUAGAUGUAGAUUAUACACAUUAAUAUGUAAGGUGUUAGCGUCUGCUCUCGUUAAAAAUAGAGACGCUGAUUUUUUCAUCUUUUUUUUCCAGUUAACGGAUUCAUUUUUCAAGUUCACAUUAAGAUGACGCCAGUAAUUGUGCAUUUCCUGUACACUCAGAUCAACACGAAUAGAUAUGAAAAAGAUCUUCAAGUGCUCUGUUCAAUUUUUCUUUAUGUAAGAAUCGUUAAUCGAUUUACGGUUGCAACAAUAGUGUUUGUCUUUGCUUUAAUAUGGAAAUUUAUUUUGAACUUGCCAUCACCCUGUGACAAGAUAGCUCUGAAGUGAGGCUGAAUUGUCAAGUUCAUUUCUUGCCGAGAUGUUCAUUUCAUUUUUAUUAAAGAUAUUUUCAACCAUAUUAGGUAAAUUUAUUACCGAAGAAUUUUAUCAUAUCGAUGUCUUUGAUGCAAUGGAGUAUGAAAAAUUUAUUUCUUGAAAGCUAGUGUGCAUUGACUCUUACUUAAUACUUUGGUCUUAACAGACAUCGUGCGAGUGUUAGUGUUAUAAUGGCCUGCUAUGUUCAUGCAGCUCCUUUCACACAUCAUUUCAUCUCUUGGAAAAACUAAGCAUUGCAGUACAUCGUAAGUUUCGUUUCCGUUCAAUUUCUAUUAUUGCUCUAAGCGUAAUCGUUUUCUUGGCUAUAGUCAAUUUUACGAGUGCGAAUCGCUGCAGAAGUUUUAAUUUCAUAUUGUUCGAUUGCCGGUGCGGAAGUUGCCGGUGAAAUCACCAGUUGAUGUAUUUUGAUGUAAUAAAUGGAUUUGAAGCUCUUGA